AUGUUAGUACAAAGUACUACAGAUAUCAGAGAUAUCAAGGAAGUGCGAGUCGGCAAGUCUUCUAAAGAUUUUGAGCGAUGGCCUGAAGAGACUAAAAAACUUGAAAAUUCUAAAUGUUUUACUAUAUAUUAUGGGACUGAGUUUAAACUGCGUUCUGGCUCUUUUACUGCUCAGACUGAUAAAGAAUGUGAAACAUGGGUAAAGGGGAUAAGGUUUCUAGUUGAGGAGGCUAUAAACACACCAUACCCACUGCAAAUAGAAAGAUGGCUACGAAAAGAAUUUUAUGCAAUUGAAAACUCGCAUGAGAAGAUUACUCUUAAAGAAGUAAAGGCAUUUCUUCCAAAAAUUAACUGUAAAAUAUCAACAAGCAAGUUGAGAGACAUUUUUCAAGAAAUUGAUACUAGUAAGCGUGGUGAAAUUGGUUUUGAUGACUUUUCUAUUCUUUACCAUAGAUUAAUAUUUGAUGAAAAUAAUGUACAUGACAUAUUUGACAAGUAUUCACUUUAUUGUGCAAACGGUACUACCAUUACUCUUCAUGAGUUUCAAAGAUUUUUAUUAUUGGAACAACACGAUAAACUAGGGGAGGACGAAGCUAAGUCAUCACAAUUUAUAAGGGAUUAUCUACGAGAUCCACAGAGAGAUAUUUAUGAACCAUAUUUAACAUUGAAUGAGUUUAUUGAAAUGUUGUUUUCAAAGCAAAAUACAAUUUGGGACAGUAAACAUAAUCAAGUAUUGCAAGACAUGAAAAAGCCUUUAUCACAUUACUGGAUUUCCUCCUCCCACAAUACG